AUGACCCAAAACAUUGAGCCCAAACACUCCGUAAGAGACCAAGAUGAUGAGAUCGACGACGACGAUUUGUUGAAGGCCUUGGAGAACGAAGAUGACUCUGACUAUCGGGCCCGACGUAUCGAACAACUCAACGCCGAGCUUGCAUCCGCCCAAAACAACCGGUCAAUGGCCCCUGGCCCUGGCCAGACGACAAUCAUCCAAGAUAGCCUAUACCCAACUCUUGAAAAUGACCAGAUAUUGCUCAACUUCACAACGGAUACGCAUCGAUGUGUGAUCCAUUUUGCACACCCUGAUUUCGCGCGCUGUGACACCAUGGAUGAACAUAUGCGGGCUUUAGCAACACGGCAUUACGAUGUGCGAUUUGCCCGUGUCGAUGUUAGGGAUACUCCGUUCGUGGUGGAAAAGCUGAAGAUACGCGUUCUCCCUUGUGUGAUCGGGUUUAAAGAUGGAAUUGCUGCUGAGCGUGUAGUUGGCUUUGAAGGCCUUGCUUUGGGCGGGCGUGAUGGGACCGACAGCUUCAGCACGGCAACUCUUGAAAAGAGGCUGUUAUGGAAAGGUGUUCUAGUACAGGCAAAGAUUAGCGAUGAUAAUGAUGAUUCCAGUAUAUCUGAUGCAGUUGACGAAGUGAGAACAAUGGCAAACGACGAACUCAUGGAAAAGGGGCCAUCCGCAGCGGGGGAGCACGGUAUAGCAGGGACGACGACGACGACGACGACGACGACGAUUGGGAUUGAAAAGGGGUAUUUACUGCUGUCUAACCCUUAUAUUCACGAGAUCUUAUGCCACAAUAUGCGCGGACUUCUAGCCUAG